AAACGACAAUCCGACAUGAUCAGAGAAAUCAAGCACAGGACCAACGGCUUUACGUGCUUUCCAAAGCAGGGGCAUCAGACCAACUUCCAAACUCCGAGUGUGGGUUGCGAGAGCCCAGCAUUCGUCGUAUCACGUCCGUACGGCGCAGUAGCGAUGUAUGUCUUUAUCUUGUUUUGUGUCACUACGGCUCUGGCUGCAGAAUUCACGCUGCCCGGAGAGUGUCCUGAUGUUAAACUGCAGGAGAAUUUGCAUUACACGAAGUUUUCAGGAGUAUGGUAUAACGUGGCGAGCUAUGCCAGCGACGGAAGGCCUAUCUACGACUGCGCAACGCUAGAUUUCCAAGAAGAUAAUGUCGGAUACACCCUGAGGGAAACCUACGUAUCUUCAGACCAAGAGAACAAAACUCAGAAGUCAUAUUUGGCGCGAGUCGAUCCCACCUUCGAUGCUGGAAACAAAGCCCAGUUUAUUGUCAGUCAUGAAGAUGGAGAUAAAGUAUUGCAGUUCCCGUUCUUUAUUCUCUCCACGGACUACGAUAAUUACGCGAUUGCGUACACCUGCAAAACUAUGAAGAAGAAGACCAGAACACAUUAUGUGUUCACAUGGAUUCUGACUCGUACGAAGGAAAAGCUACAAGGAGACACAUUGAAGAUGGUGGAAAACACUCUCUCCAAGUAUUCUGAGCUGGCUGAACAUCGGCAGGCGUUUGUCUUCAAAGACUUCUCCGAGGCCAGCUGCGCGUACUCCAGCAAAUUCGAGACAGACUUCUUUACAAGUAAUUUCUGGUAGAAUUCCAAUGCUCGCGAUUCAUGGACUGUGAUUGACUAUUUGCAAUAAACUAAGUAUUUGAUUUUAA